AUGUCCUCUUCUCUUGCUACCCCCCAUACAGUUGCAUCUGAUGUAUCUUCUAUACAGUCUACACCAAAAACAACCACUUCAUCUUCUGAUACCCCUUUGGAUUUACUACGAUUAAAUUUAGAUGAAGAAGUUUAUGUUAAAUUACGUGGGUGCCGUGAGAUUGUUGGUACUUUACAAGCCUUUGAUUCACAUUGUAACUUAGUAUUAAGUGAUGCUAUUGAAACUAUUUACGAGCUAAAUGAAGAAGAUAAUGAAAAAUUGACAAGUUCUAACAAAAGUUCGGAAAUGCUAUUUAUCAGAGGGGAUACUGUUUUAUUAGUUACUACACCUGUAGCAAGAACAGCUAAGGGAAAAGAGUCAGGAGAAAAAAAAUAA